GGCGCGGCUCACUGAGUUAGUUUUUUUUUUUCUGCUGGUGACGUAAGAGAGUCCUGGGGAACAGACAUGGCGGCGGCCCAGGAUAAAGGGUUGAAAAGUGUUGUGUGGCAAAGGAUCAAAGCAGAAGUGCUGGAUGACUGCAGAAAAGCGGAUGAAUGGAAGAUUUUACUCUUGGACCAUUUUACGACCAAGUUGCUGACAUCAUGCUGUAAGAUGACAGACUUGUUGCAAGAGGGUGUAACAGUUGUGGAAGACGUUUUUAAGAACAGACAGCCGGUUCAACACUUGAAAGCCAUAUACUUUCUAUCUCCCACGGAAAAGUCCAUAGAUUGCUUGGUGAAUGACUUCCAGAAUAAAUCUUCCAGCAAAUACAAAGCCGCAUAUGUAUAUUUCACUGACGUUUGUCCAGAUAACCUGUUUGGGAAGCUGAAGUCAUGCCACUCAAAAGCAAUUAAAAGAUGCAAAGAAAUCAAUAUUUCAUUUUUUCCUAAAGAAUCCCAGGUCUUUCUGCUGAAUGUCCCUGAUGCAUUUCGCCUUAUCUACUGUCCUGAUAAGGCUGAAGAUAAAGAAUUGGGCAUGGAAACUAUAGCCCAACAAAUUGUGACCUUAUGUGCGACCUUGGAUGAAAACCCAGGAGUCCGUUACAAGAAGGAUCCGCUGGAUAAUGCUGAGGACUUGGCAAAUCUCGUAGAAGAAAAGCUUGUUGAGUAUUACAAAAUGGAUGAGAGAGACCAGUUUAAGACGAAAACUCAGUCCCAGCUGCUUAUACUAGACAGGGGAUUCGAUCCAGUGUCCACUGUACUGCACGAGCUGACGUAUCAAGCAAUGAUCUAUGACCUUCUUCCCAUUGAGAAUGAUAUUUACAAAUAUGGGACUGACCACUCUACAGCAAAAGACAGAGACGCGCGUUUAGAUGAAUCGGAUGACUUGUGGGCUAAAAUCCGUCACAGACACAUUGCUGCCGUCUUGGAAGAAAUCCCAAAGCUUGUCAAAGAAACAUCUUCUAGCAAAAAAGAAACUGAAGGAAAGCUCUCCAUAGGUAACUUGUCCAAUCUAAUGAAAAAAAUGCCCCAAUUCCGAAAGCAGAUCAGCAAGCAAACUAUACAUCUCAGUUUAGCUGAGGAUUGCAUGAAGAAGUUUGAGGGAAACAUCGAGAAGCUCUGCAAAGUUGAACAAGAUCUAGCCUUAGGCACAGAUGUUGAUGGACAGAAGGUGAAGGAGCACAUGCGGGUCCUGCUUCCCGUCUUGCUCAACAAGGAACUAGACAACUAUGACAAAAUAAGAGCCAUCUUGCUGUACAUCUUUGUUGAGAAUGGAACCACACAAGAAAAUUUAGACCGGCUGAUCCAGCAUGCCAAGAUUGAAAGUGAUGGGGAUGCGUUAAGGAACUGGAAGCAUCUUGGGGUCCCGGUUGUCUCCAAGUCUUCACAGCGUAAACCAGCUAGGAGAGAUCGGUCGAACGAGGAAACAUUUCAGCUAUCCCGGUGGACACCAGUAAUUAAAGAUAUUAUUGAGGACAGUAUGGAGAACAAGCUAGAUUCUAAGGCAUGGCCGUACUGUUCAGAGUGCCCAGCUGUGUGGAAUGGCUCCGGCGCAGUCAGCGCCCGCCAGAAACAGAACACUAUGUCCCGGGAGGACAAAAAGAAUGUGUCCAAGCUCAUCAUCUUUGUAAUUGGAGGAAUAACAUACUCCGAAAUCCGUUGUGCUUAUGAAGUGACACAAGCCAAUAAAUUUAUCCAGGUUUUAAUUGGUUCCACUCACAUUAUCACUCCAAAGAGAAUGCUGGAUGAUAUAAAGGACCUUACUAAACCCCGUAAAGAGACCUUUACCAUGAUCAGUGAAUAAAAGAGCUUUUGCUUGUAUACUUUAUACAGGGAAACCUAUCAACUGCAAAAUGUGUGCUUAUCACAUUUUACAGAGCUAAGGGUAUGUUUCAUAAUACAACUGGAAUGUAUUUUUGUCACUUUAAGAUAUCAUUUUUAUCAAUAACUUUACCACUGAGAUUCUUUGGAAAGCACUGAAAUAUAAGCUUGUACGGCUUUUUUUGUGGCAAUAGUUCUGUUUGUUGUAUCCCUAUGUACUGAGGUAUUGUUUAAUGCACACACAUCAUAUCUAAAUAGAGAUUUUUUUUUAUGGCUAGAUAAAAUUAUAAAAUACUUUCAUAAUUCAGAGUUUAUGGUGCAGUUCUAAUUCCUCUGACUUUUUUUGCAUGUUUUAAAAAAAAAAAUAUUUAUGUUUGGAAAUGUAAAAUCUAGCAUUAUUGAAUUAAAAAUAAUUCAACAAACAUAUGCAAAGCAUCACUGGGCCUGCGCUUGAAACAAGUAUGAGUUGCUUUCUGAGUGCUUUAAAACAAACUAGUUGACCCGGCACUAGCAGCACAGCAGUUCCCGGCUCCUGCGUUUUGUUGAUGACAACACAAAAUAUAUUUCAAGUCCUGUCUUGGUUGCCUACAGUUUUUUGUGGCAUUUAGAUGACACCCACCACACCGUAUUGACCUUCUUGGUAUAAGUUAUGCCUCUCACAAUGUUAUCUGUUUGUGUAAAUUACUGAAUUGAUUGUAAAAUACAAGAUUUCUAUUAAGGAA